GCAAACUAGUAAAAUGCAGUGGAGCUUAUCCGAAAACCGUUCUCUGUGCAACACGCUGCACUCGACACAUCUGCAAUGUUUUCGCGAUGAAAUGGCCAAAAUAACGCCAAAAUGUGCACUGUGGUAGGACUCGAGCCGUGCGCGAAUUCUCCAAGUGGACUUUCAGUGACGACUGCGAUGUGUAGGACUUAAAAAUGCGGCUAACCUGUUUCGAAAGAAAUAUCGUGUAGCUGGCAAAACGCUAACGAAAAUGUGUCUGAUCAUCCCAAUCAACAAUUUGGUUAGGUCAUCUCAAAAUUUUGCAUGGAUUUGAUGUGAUUUCCGCGAGAGAGGAGCACCGACGCCAAAAUGGAGCAUUCCGAACUGAUCCUGGAAAUGCCCCACGUCGAGCAGAUGCCGACACAGGAGAGGCUGCUUUUGGCGCGAAAAAGGCGGAACCAGCAGCUGAAGGUGUGGACGCAGAAGGAGAAGGAGUUCAGCAGGAAGACGUCGAAGCAGCAGAAGUCGAACAAGAGGAGCAUUUUUUUCAACGACAGUGUGGUGCUUCUGGAGGCGGCGGCGAGGAACGAUAUCGAUGAAGUUAGACGACUACUAAUGAAAGGCGUAAGCCCGGACUCAUGCAACGAAGACGGUUUGACAGCUUUGCAUCAAUGUUGUAUCGACAACAACGAAGCCAUGUUGCUCCUCCUUUUGGAAUACAACGCCAACGUAAACGCCGAAGACAGCGAAAAAUGGACACCACUACACGCCGCCGCGACGUGUGGCCACCUGAAAUUAGUCAGAAUUCUCAUAUCGCGUGGCGCAAAUCUGCUCGCAGUCAAUGCAGACGGAAACAUGCCCUACGAUAUUUGCGAAGACGAGGCAGCUCUGGAUUACAUUGAGGGUGAAAUGGCGAAAAGGGGAGUCACUCAACAGUUGAUCGACGAUACGAGGGCAGCGACCGAAAGGCAGAUGUUGGCCGAUGUGAGGAGGAUCGCAGAAACGCAUGGGGAUCUUGAAGCGUACGACUCGCAAGGGGCUACUCCGCUACAUAUCGCCGCCGCCAACGGAUAUUUGAGCGUAGUCGAAUUUUUAUUAGACCACAACGUCAGAACGGACGUUCGCGACAAGGACGAUUGGCAGCCAUCACAUGCAGCAGCUUGCUGGGGACACGUCGAAGUUUUAGAAAUGCUGGCGCAAGCCGGCGCCGAUCUCAACGCGAAAAACAAACACGACGAAACCCCGGCAGAUAUUUGCGAAGACCCCGAAAUCAAGGACCGCAUUCUAGAGCUAAGGACCGAGCAGGAGAUCAAGCGGCAGGCCGAGGCCAAGAGGAAAGUCAGGCGGUCGCAGAGCAACACCAGGACGCAGUCGGUGCGGAGGACCUCGCUGCGGGACAAGGGACUCACGGCGCGCAGGGACGCGGUGGAGGAGGCGAGGUUGAGGCUGCAGGCCGAGAAUAAAGGUUUGGAGAGCUCCGAGCCCAGCCCUCCAAUCCAGCCGCCCCCGAAGAACAACAUCAGCAACAGCAAAGGGCCCACCUUCAGUACAAACAACAACACCGAAUCCGUCAAGGAGCCCUCCGACUCGACCGCGCUGCAGGUGUUCGAGAACCGCAAGGCCCCCGAGGGCAAGGACAACGACUCGCUGCUGGAGAGCCUCGUCGACACCAAGGAGAACUCGUACACCACCGACGUCAACGGCAAGGUCACCGUGCACGUGGUGGUCACCAUCAACGGCAACGGCACCCUCGCCGACCUGAAGAAGCAGCGCAUGCAGAUCAGGAACAACUCCUCGGACGUGAACAGCAUCACCUCGCCCUUGGGCAGCAUCACCGACGAGAGCUCCCCCAGCCCCGUCGCCGACAUCGUCCGGUUCACCGGGGAGACGGCCGAGGAGAGCGUGGGCUACUCCAAGUCGAAGAGGUGCUGUGUCAUCCAGUAACGCUAGACAGUAUUAGGGUUUUUAAUUGACUAGUUCGAAGCAUACAUUCCAAACUUGUGAUAAGCAUAAUUUUGCCGAAGCGAAAAUGUUGUACUUAAUUUCAUGUGAUUGGUGUUCGUAUUUUAUAGACUUUCUUCCAUUUUUGGAGCGCUAUUAUUAGUACUUAUGUUUUAUUGUAAGGUACUUAUAUUUCCAUUUGUACUCCCUUUUGUAUUUUUAUUAUGUGAGGAACUUGUUGGAGUCUUGUCGAUUUGUUUUGUUGUUGGUAGACCACUAUUCAGAAACCACAAUAUCAAAAGUGCCUAUUUUGUCGAGUUCCAUUUCUGACAAGUUUGUUGUAGGGAAGAAAAAGGCCUUUUUGUGAAACGAGGCCUUAGUGUUCAGUUGUUGCUUUUGAGAUGAGAUUCAAAGUAAUUUAUUCUACUGUUGAUAUUGGUUUGAUUUGUUUUAUUAAAAGUGUAAAGCAAUAAUUUUGUAAAUACAUUUGAGUGCAGAACAUAGCCCAGAACUAAUGUACAUAUUUUUAAUUUGUUAUUUAUUCAUAGGAGUAGAGGUAAUUUAAUUCUUAUUUAAAACGUUUAGGCUUGUCAUGUCAGACCACAAAAUUGAGAAAUAUAAUGAAUUUUGUAUCAAAAUUUUCUUAGAAUAAAAUUUUAUUUUGUUGUGUCAA